AUCUUCUCGUCUUCUUCGACGGCUCAAUCCAACGCCUGGUGGUCUCUCUUCGUAGGGGUUCGGGACUUGGGAGGUCUGCGUCGUCGCCGUUGCUGGUCGACGAAUCGCGUCACCCAUGGCGCAUAAAGGGCCCGACGUGCCUGUUGUCAGUGGCAUCAACAGCGGCAGCACGGUGAAGCUCAAAGACCUCGCCCCGGCGGCCACCAACAACGUGAACACGACGUUCAUCGUGCUCGACAAGGCGGCCAGGGCGCCGCCGCCGCCGCCGCACGGCCGCGCCGACGCAAGGGAGGAGACGUGCCUGGCGCUCGUGGCCGACGAGACGGCGGCGGCGCACUUCCUCCUGUGGGGCGCCGAGCGCGACGCGUUCGAGCCGGGCGACAUCGUGCGGCUGACCGGCGGCAUCUUCUCCUACCACAGGAGCAACAGCCUCGUGCUGCGGGCCGGGCGGCGCGGCCGCGCCGAGAAGGUGGGCGAGUUCACGAUGCUGUUCGUCGAGACGCCCAACAUGAGCGAGGUGAAGUGGGUGCGCGACCCCGGCGACCCCAGGAGGAUGGUGCAGGAGGCCGUCGUCUCGCCGCACUCUCAGGUCUUCAAGCCGCUGCAGUGACUGACUGACUGACUGACCAACCAACCUAAGGUUUGGUUCUUCUGUCACUGAAUUUUUUUGUGGCACCGUUGUACAAUUGCUCAAUGUCGAUUAAGGUGUGAUUAGCUCAUAAAACCUUGCUUUGAUUAAGGGCAAAUUAAACUGGAUGAUUGAGAGAGAGAAAAAAAAAACUCGUAGGGCAUGUUUGGCAUAGUCUCCAUCCUUUGUUUGGUUUCACAUUGAAUUCCCUUCAAAUCUCACGAAUUAACAGACCUCCCUAGGUAAGAGAUUGGUGGGAAUUGGACCCUUAAUUCUCCCAAACACUCUCGAAUUUUCAAGUAUUCCAA